AUGCAGUUCAAGAGCCUCGCCGUUAUCCUUGGCGCCGCCCUCAUGGUGGCGUCGCCCGUCUUUGCCGCUCCUGCCACGCGCACCUGUGGUAGCACCGAGGUGGCCCCCGCCGACGUCGAGCAGGCUCUCUCUGCGCGCGUUGCCGCCGCCCGCUCGGCUCGUACCUCCGGGAGCUCUAGCGACCUCGCCUUCACCUCCGCAAGCAUCCCCGUCUACUACCACGUGAUCACCGACGGCACCAACGGCCGCCUCACCUCGAGCCAGAUCAACAGCCAGAUCUCGGUGCUCAACCAGGGCUACUCGGGCACCGGCGUUUCGUUCUACCUCGCCGGUACCGAGACCACGGUCAACUCGAACUGGUUCAACAACGUUAACCAGGGCACCUCUGCCGAGGCUGCCAUGAAGAACGCCCUCCGCAAGGGCGGUGCCAACGCGCUCAACGUCUACACCGUCAACUUUACCGGCGGUCUUCUCGGUUACGCCACCUUCCCCUGGAGCUACGCUUCGGCUCCCAAGAACGACGGUGUCGUCCUCCAGUGGACUUCCUACCCCGGAGGGCCGAUCAGCAACUACAACCAGGGCAAGACUCUCGUCCACGAGGUCGGACACUGGGUUGGUCUCUACCACACCUUCCAGGGCGGCUGCUCCAGCCCCGGCGACUACGUCGAUGACACUCCCGCUCAGGGCCAGCCCACUCAGGGUUGCCCUACUACCGCCCCCGACACAUGCUCGGGCGGCGGUGCUGACGACAUCAAGAACUACAUGAACUACAGCUACGACGUCUGCCUCACCCGCUUCACCGCUGGUCAAGUGGCGCGCCUCCAGUCGGCUCUCGAUGCUUACCGUUAA